UAAUGGAGAGCAAAACCAACAAAUACUUAGCCCUGAUUCUUGUUACAUUCUUGAUCAGUCUAUACUACCAUCCCAUCUCCGCCACACCACAACAUGGCCAUGCCCAUUUCGUGCUGGUUCAUGGGGCCGGUCACGGAGCUUGGUGUUGGUAUAAACUCAUACCAAUAUUGAAAUCUCAAGGACACAACGUAACUGCAGUUGACUUAGCUGCAUCCGGGAUCGAUCUAAGUCGGGCUGAAACUAUCUUGUCGAUCAACGAGUAUAUGAAGCCACUGAUGGACCUAAUGAAUAGUCUAAACGUGGAUGAGAAGGUGAUUCUGGUGGCACAUAGUUUUGGUGGGCUUGCUAUUUCCAAGGCCAUGGAGUUAUUCCAUGAUAAGGUUCAUAUGGCUAUUUUCGUUACUGCCCUAAUGCCUGGCCCAACCUUCAAUUUCACGUUUCUUUCUAAAGGGUUGGUGAGGUGGCAAGCUCCAUUACUAGACAUGAAGUUUAUAUUUGGAGAUGGGCCUAAUAACCCUCCUACUCUUUCCAUUGGAGGUCCACUUUUCCUUUCAUUAAAUAUGUAUGACCUUAGUCCUAGAGAGGUAAAAGUAAAACAUACACAAAAUUUAUCACGUAACUGGAAAUAGUUACUUCAUUUUCAUUUUUCUCUACUUAUAUAUAACCACUUUUGGACCCGCGCCAUGUAUGAUUUAAAGGAUGUUGAAUUGGCGGGUGCAUUGGUUCGGCCACAGCGCUUAUUCAGCAACGAAGAUAUAGACACAAGUCUUGUGCUCACGCCCGAGAGAUACGGAUCGGUAAAUCGGAUCUUUGUAGUGUCCGAGAAAGACAAAACAUUGAUGAAAGAGUUCCAACUCUGGAUGAUCAAGAACAAUCCUCCUAAUCAUGUGGAGCAUAUCCAGGAUUCUGAUCAUAUGGUCAUGAUUUCCAGGCCGUUGGAUCUCGGUGACCGUCUUUUAUCUUUGGCUAAGAAGUUCGCUUGAAAAUAUUUGACAUUUGAUUCAACAUUUUGUUGCGAGUUCUUAUGGUUAUCACUUCUACUAUUCUUGUGUUGCAAAAGCCUUGUGUGAGUAUUUAUAUUUUGUAUGUGAUCA